AACGGGCGCUGGUUGCUAGUGCUAGUUGAAAGUCACUUCCUGUUUCCUGGUCUGUGCUCGUUUUGACAGUUAAUUUCUGCUUUUUUCUAUUAAAUUUGAUCAAAUGACGUCUAUUGGUGCUGAAAACAAGCUUUCCACACGAAGGAAAAGAGAGCACGGAGAGGGUGGUGAUGACGUACACGCAAAGAAGAGCAGAAAUGAACCUAGCCGGUUGGAAUCGUGCCUGGAUCAACCCGUAGAUCUGAGCGUCCGUGAAGUCGUCAAGUUCACGCCGUCGUCGCUCUCAGCAAAACAUUACGAUGCCGACACCACCGAACCAAUCAGCUGUGGUCUCCGUACGAUGGAAGAGCUGCUGUCGUGGAAGCGAAGCGAAGCCAACCCCUUCAACGUGGCCGUCGUCCCCCUGGCGCCUCGGGAUCCUCCUCUGGCCAGAUGUCCACGGAGGACCUUAGUGUCUCAUGACAUGAUGGGAGGCUACAUAGAUGACAGGUUCAUCCAGGGAACAAACGCAGAGACUCCAUAUUCCUUCUACCACUGGCAGUACAUCGAUAUUUUCAACUACUUCUCACACGUCCUGGUGACUAUUCCUCCCGUCGUGUGGACCAACGCUGCUCACAAGCACGGAGUCGUCGUUCUCGGGACUUUUAUCACAGAGUGGACUGAUGGAGCCGCCAUGUGUGAGGCUUUCCUUAAAGACGAGGAGUCGUACCGGGCGGUGGCUGAUAAACUGGUGCAGAUCAGCUACUGUUACCGCUUCGACGGCUGGCUUAUUAACAUAGAGAACGCUCUCAGUGAGGUAGCGGUGAAGAACACACCUUUGUUCCUGCGCUACCUGACAGACCAGAUGCAUGAGCGAGUGUCCGGCAGCCUGGUGGUCUGGUACGACAGCGUGAUCGAGAACGGUCAGCUGAAAUGGCAGAAUGAACUCAACCAGUCCAACAGGAUGUUUUUCGAUGCUUGUGACGGUUUCUUCACCAACUACAACUGGACAGAGCAGAGCCUGGAGUUCAUGAACGACUACUCCGGGGCCCAAAGCCGCCAGGCAGACAUCUACGUCGGGGUGGACGUGUUUGCCAGAGGACAGGUGGUGGGAGGAAUGUUUGAAACAAAUAAGGCGCUGGAACUCAUUCGGAAGCACAACUUCUCCACGGCGAUCUUCGCUCCAGGCUGGGUUUAUGAGACCCACGAAGAUAAGAGCGAAUUCCGCAAGAAUCAGGACAAGUUUUGGGGUCUUCUAUCGAACUUCCUGUACGUCCACCGGCCGGCCUCUCCUCUCCCCUUCAUCUCCUCCUUCUGCCAGGGCUUUGGAAAAACUUUCUACCGUAGAGGACAGCCUGAGACGAAGGGGAGCUGGUUCAACCUGACUGCCCAGGAGAUCCAGCCGUUGUACUACCACCAGAACCUGGAGGCUGAGGGCUGGUUGAGGACCAGCGGCUGUCCGGAAGAUGCCUGGAACGGAGGCUGCUCGCUGCUGCUGGACGGAGUCAUCCCUGCAGCUCGCAUCACUCCGGUUUGUGCCAAGAUCUUCUCCCUACAAGUACCUCUGGCCCUGAAAACUCUGGUGACCCUCAUCUUCAAGGCAUCUCCUGGCAUCACCGUCUCUCUGGAGCUGAAGACAACAGAUGCCAGUCAGUGCACGCACGUCGACGUCCAAGAAGUCAGCCUUACCAGUGUAUCUCCUGCAGUACUGGAUGAUGGACACCAGUUAGUGACUCAGAUGUCUCAGCUGUGUGGGAACUUGAAUCCAGGUGGUUGGACGAUCAGAUGUUCUCAGCUGGAGCUUCACGGCUGCGUUCUCAGAGAAGUGUGUGUCCGGAUCCAGCGAGACGGAGACGCUCAGGACACGCCGUUCAGCUGCAGAGUGGGAGAAAUCAUGAUUCUGGAUGCAGCCGGUCUGCAGGUUCCCCCGGAGCUGAUCCAGGGUUUGUGCAUCGAUGACGUGGUUUGGCUCCGAGGUGCCGGUUCCUCGCCUCAGUCCUCUCCCAGCUUGCGGCUCAACGCCACCCUGCGCUGGGACUACCCGGUGGGACUGGUCCGCCACUUCAGGGUGUACUGGCGCCGGCUGAGAGGACCCGACCCUCGGAUCCCUCCGGGUCAGCUGGUGGCGGUGGGCCGGGCCUAUUCUAACCUGUUCAGGGUGACGGAGCUGACGGUGCCGGAGCCGCCCGCCCUGCUGGAGCUGGUGGUGGAGCCGGUCAUCAAGAAGGGCUUCCUGGUUCCUGAGAGCCACUGGGGGAGGAGAAGCCUCAGCUACACAGCAGACCUAACACAAUGAUGCUAAACAAGUUGUUCCAGGAUGCUUCUCUGCGACUCUUUUAUCAGUGCUGCUGCAAUCAUGGCUCUGAAGUGGAACUCAGCGUUUGUUGAUGCCUCAGAAAACAACUGUAGCCGGAGAUGUUGGCUGGCAAUCACUAAAUCUCUGGAGACACGAAAGAGAAGCUAUUGACCAAAUGCUGUGAUCAAAAUGAUGCUGAUCUGCUUGAAUAAUUGUUUAUCAUGCUGCGUUUUAACUAUUUCAGUCAGUCUUCAUCGGGUCUGCAGACUCCAACUCCAUGACAGCAGGAUGGGACAGUUAAAAGGAACAGUCUGCAUUUUAGGAUCACCACUAUUCACUUUCUAAAGAGGUUUGUACGUAAGGGAAGGUCAGGAUUUCUAACAAGGUGCUCAGUAAGUGUACACAAUGUUAAGUCUACUGUAUGAAGUCAGUGGUAUUUUUUACAUGUUGUUCAUCAUCUGUUUACUGUUGUUUGUUUUUUGUUGCUUUAACAAGACAGACCAGCAAAUAAAUUGCUUCAUUGAAGGCUCAAUAUUAAAAACUUCUCAUCGUUUUUCAGAAAUACUGCAGAAAUGAUAAAGCAUUUAUUUAGAAAUUAAGAUUCUGCAACCUGUGAUCAUCAGUUUAUUUCUCCUGUUGUAUUUUUACUGAAAGUAAAGGUGCACUUUAACCUCGUGGUGGGUUUUACUUCCCUGCUAAUAGUGUUCAUUAACUAGCAGCUCUGAGAGAUCGGAGUUUAUCCUGUUAAUAUGCUGACAGGAAAGGAAAUGUUAUGUUUUCUGAAGGUUAUGCCAAAAACGUAUUUAAAAGUUUGACCUGAUGAUGGCGCCAAAGUGGAGAAAAAUUGCAAAUUCUGUGUACAAAUGUACAAAGUUUGCAUCAAAAUCCAUGGAAGUACACGUCCUGCAUAUUAUGGGAUUUCCACAACCCUGUGAACUGUCCUCUGGUGACCACGAAGAACCCCUUUAUGCCUUUCUGUCCAGUAAUUAAGGUCAAGAAGGACUUUUCCUUGAACUAUGCUGCUAUAACCUGCAAAAAUAGCUCAACAAUAUGCAUUUGUGUGUCAUUACCUUGACUGCAGCUGGCGUGUCUGUCAGAUAAAUGCUUUUGAUUAUUACACACAAAUGAUAUAAACCGUCUUGGCUGUGUGUACUGUUUGAGGAUUGCCACUUAUAUUCAACACUGGAAUAAAAACCUAAAGCUGAAA